AUAGUUUACCCUACAAAAUAUUUCCACUUAUAACACACACUACUCUUUCUCUCUCUAUCUAUCACACACACACACACACACACACACACACACACGUAUUGUACGUGCACAUAAUACACAAUAAAUAUUGUAUACUGAGCUGAAAAAGGCGAUUGCUUUUUCGUGGAUCUUCAACUAGUCCACAGCCUGAAGCAACAUAUUCACACACACUGCAAUUCUCUCUCUCUCUCUCUUCUCUCUUUAUGGAUGGUGAAGAGAAGACAGUAGGAGGAGGUGCGAUCAAUUUCAUGGCCGCAUCUACUGGAUACUGCUAUUCUGACGCAUCUUCAACAGAAAACCCCCAAAUCUACAACCUCACUGCACCCAUGGAGAUUAUAGGGUUUCCUUCCAAAACUCUGAUUCAAACUCAUCAAUCCAUCAACGAUUUCACAAAUCACCAAACCUUAUUGGUUUCACCGGAUUCAUGGAAUCACCACCACCAAAACAGAUUGAUUGUCGACGAUCCGUAUGCAAAUCAAAGGCAGCCGACCACUCAGCCUCAAGGAUCGCUUUCUCUCUCACUCACUUCCUCCAAUUUGCAGCCCUUUCAGAUGCGACAAAACGACGUCGGUCAAUCGAGUAAUUCCAUGUAUCGGCAGAUGAUGCAGCAGCAGUUUCAGAUUCGGAACUCCAGGUACCUUGAGCCGGCGAAGGAGCUCCUCAAUCAGCUCUGCAAUCUCGGAACCGCCGCGGAGAAGAUGAAGGGAAAAAAAAGCUGCGGCGAGGACGACAGCGCUGCGGCGGGGACGCCUUUCGCCGUCGAUCUCCUGGAGCUGCAGAGGCGAAAGGCGAAGUUGCUGCAAAUGCUACAAGAGGUUGAUAGAAGGUACAAGCACUACUGCGAUCAGAUGCAGGCGGUGGUGCUGUCGUUCGAGGCGGUGGCCGGAGAGGGCGCGGCUGCGGCCUACUCCGGCAUGGCUCUGCGGGCGAUGUCGCGGCACUUCAGAUGCCUCAAGGAUGGGAUUUUAGGUCAAAUUAAGGCGGCAAACAAGGCGAUGGGGGAUAGAGACGCUGCGAUUCCCGGGGCCAGCAAAGGCGAGACUCCACGGCUCAGAAUUCUCGAUCAGAAACUGAGGCAGCAGAAGGCUUUCCAGCAGAUGGGGAUGGUCGAGAAUCACCCGUGGCGCCCCCAGCGCGGCCUCCCGGAGAAGUCCGUCGCCGUCCUCCGCGCUUGGCUCUUUGAACACUUCCUCCAUCCGUAUCCAAGCGAAGUAGAUAAACGCAUUUUAGCCCGACAAACAGGUCUCUCAAGAAGCCAGGUCUCAAACUGGUUCAUCAACGCGCGGGUGCGCCUCUGGAAGCCCAUGGUCGAGGAAAUAUACCUCGAAGACCAAAAGGGCGGCAAAGAAGAAGGAGAAGAACAGGCAGUGGGGCACGAGGACCGCAAGCCGACCGAGGAUCAGCUGAUGAUGACAACAGAUUCAGAGUGCCUCUCCUCCAUAAUCAACACUUCAUCAUCAAGAAAUCACAUCACCAGAGGCGGAGGCGGCGACGAGAUGCAGUUCGAUUUCUCAUCAUACGCCUCCGCCUCUCAUCAUCCCGGUCCCAGUGGAAGCAGUGGAGGGGUGUCAUUGACAUUGGGUUUGCAGCAGCACGGCGGAGGAGGGGUGACCUUAGCGUUCACCCUGGCCGCGGCGGAGGGGGGGAUGUUCUACACUAGAGAUGAGGAGAUGGAGGAGUGCGAGAGGGUUGAUCACUAUUCUUCAAUGUUUGAUGGGGAAAGCCAGAAUAAUCUGCAUUUGAUGGGGGCGCAGCUGCUUCAUGAUUUGGGUGGAUAGAUAUUUGGGAAAAGUGAAUUUGGGGAAAGGUUGGAACAGUGGUUUUGAUUUGUCGGUGAAGUUCUCAAUAUAUUUGGCUGUGUUGUUGUGCACACACAGAAUAGGCGGUAAUGCUAUGUACAGAAUCGAUUAAUACUUUUACUAGUAUAAUUUAUUUACUUGGUUUGGGUUUUCAAUCAAACCAUUUUGCUUCA